UUCUUCAUUCUUCCUUAGUCCUCCUUCCUCCUAGCCUUACCGGCUCUUCCCGGCUUCCUAGCUUAGUUGGUAGCUGACCUAACCUACGCUCAUUUCACUCCGGCCUUGCUUCUUAGCGCUCCCUGGAAUGAAAUAGUCUGGUUUGAUAGAACCAGGGACGCGGGAACAGACUUUGAUAUUCUACGAUCUGAUCUCGUCUAUUUAAAAUCGUCUUAAAUCGGAGUUCUCCCGAACAGCUCCUAGUCUUAGUUAGCUCUCCUAGCUGCACUAGAAUAACUAUUUAUUAUAGAAGAGUAUGGCAUCAGUCAAUCUUCUUUGCACGAGCAUUGAGAGAGAAAAUAAAUAACUCCUUCUUCUUCUCUUUUGGUUGCCAUCAAUGGAGUAUCACGACCGUAUCGUGACCGUAUCAAUGGAGUAUCGGAGCCGUAUCGUAAAGUCAACAUCGUAUCGUAUCAGAUACGAGCAUACCCCCAAAAUCCGGCGUAUCGGUGCAACAUAGACUCAUCAAUGAUAGUGAACGGUUCAUUGGAGAAGCAUUUCAUGGCAUAUUCUGAAGGGCGUGAUUUCAUGUUCUGCGACUUGUGUGGGACUAUGCGAACGUUGAGUUCAACUAAGCAUGCUCAAUGCCCCUUGUGCAAGCGUAAGAUAAGUGCGAAAGAGAUCUCCGGAAGACAAAUAUCUUACACAGCCACUGCUGAGGAUAUUAGAAGGGAGCUAGGCAUAUCAAUUAUUCGUGAAGAAAAAGUGCAAUUGCAAAAGACAGAUGCUAAAACAUGUGAAAAAUGUGGCCACAAUGAGCAUACAUAUUAUUCCAGACAGAUGCGAUCAGCAGAUGAAGGAGCAACUACUUUCUACGUGUGCACCAAUUGCCAGCACCAGUUUACUGAGAAUUGAUAUGUCAGAGGUUAUAUAAGAGACUACGGGGAUCAAAAUGUAUGCGUUGAUGUAUGUCACUAACGGAAAGUAUGUUCGUAAUUGAGUGUGGUGUAGACAUGUAGGAUAUUUAAGAUGUCACUGAUAUCAAAUUUUGAAGCUGUACCGUACCCAGGAUUAGAAUAGAGUGAGUCAAGAAUCUUUAUAUCCUAUUUUUGCAA